UGUUGUCAUCAGGUGUCAUUUUUUCUUUGGAUAGACCCAAUAAGCCAAGUCCUAUUUGGAUUAGUUUCACUCCAUCGCUCUGUCUCGCCACAUCUAUUUCCCUCCCCGCAGUGCGAAAAUGGCGGUGUUAUGCAAUGCCAUCCCUGCGUGUCCUGUUACGCAUACUCUGAGAGUAACAUCAUCUAAAGUUGCAGUGUGUUCGAGCUCUCGAGUCUCAGUUCCUCAGCUUCAUCUUUCCGAUUCUCCCUUUGUCCCUGAGGUUAACAAGGCAGUUGAUUCUUUGUCGAAAGAGUUCAGAGAAGUUGACAAUUUAGUGGCUCGCAAUACUGCCCGAGUUUUGAGAGCUUUCCAAAGGGUCAGGGUUGGGUCUCAUCACUUUGGUGGUAGCACGGGCUAUGGUCAUGAAGAAGCUGGUGGACGUGAAGCCUUGGACGAUGCUUUUGCAGAAAUUUUUGGUGCUGAGUCUGCAAUCGUUCGAGCACAGUUCUUCUCAGGUACUCAUGCUAUCACUUGUGCGUUAUUCGCUUUCUUAAGACCAGGGGAUGAGCUGUUGGCGGUGGCUGGUGCACCUUAUGAUACUCUGGAGGAAGUUAUUGGAAAAAGGGAUUCUGGUGGAUUGGGUUCCUUAAAAGACUUUGGAGUAGAAUACCGGGAAGUCCCCCUUGCAGAGGAUGGCGGGCUUGACUGGGAUGCACUUAAAACAUCUUUAAGACCUCAUACGAAGUGUGCACUCAUACAGAGAUCAUGUGGUUAUUCCUGGCGUCGCAGUUUGAGUGUAACUGAGAUAGGUCAGGCCAUCAAUAUAAUCAAGAUGCAGAACCCAAGCUGCCUGGUCAUGGUAGAUAACUGCUAUGGUGAAUUUGUUGACGACAUCGAACCUCCUAUGGUGGGUGCUGACCUAAUUGCGGGCAGUUUAAUAAAAAAUCCUGGUGGGACAAUUGCACCAUGCGGUGGAUAUGUUGCAGGAAGAAAAAGAUGGGUGGAAGCAGCAGCUGCCCGUCUCUCGGCUCCAGGACUUGGAGUUGAUUGUGGCUCGAUCCCUGGUGAUAUAAUGAGAACUUUCUUUCAGGGUUUAUACCUCUCACCUCAAAUGGUUGGUGAAGCAAUAAAGGGAAGCUUUCUGAUAGCUGAAGUCAUGGCAGCUAGGGGAUAUAAAGUGCAGCCACUUUGUCGGGUCAAGCGUCAUGACACUGUGCAGGCAGUACAACUUGGAAGCCGUGAGCAUCUACUUUCCUUUUGCGAGGCUGUUCAGAGAAGUUCUCCUGUCAGUUCUUUUAUCAGGCCUGUUGCAGGUGCGACUGCUGGCUAUGCAUCUGAGGUAAUUUUUGCUGAUGGAACCUUCAUCGAUGGAAGUACUAGCGAGCUCUCAUGUGAUGGGCCGCUAAGAGAGCCUUUCUCUGUUUUUUGUCAGGGUGGCACUCAUUGGACGCAGUGGGGACUAGUUUUGGGGGAGGUUUUGAAAUCUCUAUGAAACUUGGAAAGAUUGUGCAUUGGUGAAAUACCCUUGGCAAAACUUCUUUGUUUUCACCAAGUUCCUCAAAGUCUUACCGACAUGAUGAAUUGUGGCCUAAAGAGAAUACAUCAAUUUUCUCUCAUUUAGAGAUUAUGGACACUCAUCCCAUCAAGCCAGAGAAUGAUAACAUGUGGUCCACAUUGUCUUAUCGUAUGCAAGACGCAAAGGAGGUGAAGUCUGUUGCUCCGCCAUGGAAAUUAGAACAAAUCUGGCGUAAGCACUUGUUGGGCUUGUAGCAUGAAGCAAAGCAAAUGGACUAUGGAAAUGGAGCCGUGGUCAAGUUUUGCCCAGAACAUCAUAACAUCCACUUAAUCACACAUUGAUGGUCUGUUUUGGUUGGUGGUGUCCAAUUUAAUUCACUCUCCAAGAAUCCCAACUAGUUCUUCAUUGCAUUUGACGCCCACAAACUCGGU